UAGCAAGUUUGAGUGAGACGUACAACGUCGAUGUCUCAAGAUCAAAAGCCGAACGAUAUGAAAUUAAACGGGACUGACAUCGCCAGUGUAUGUAGUUUGCCCCGAUUAGUAAAGUCGAAAAUGACUGCGUUUCAUUCAUAAAACAUGCGCGGGCUUUCAUGCAACACAGACGCAGCACCAGCAGAUCGCAUCUUGUUGUUUUCAUGACGUUUUAAAUCAUCACAGCGGCAAAGCCGAUGGAGAUUUGAUGUCACCUUCGUCAACGGGAUUUAGUUGCGUUUGGACGGAGAAAGCAAGCUCGACAUGGCUUCAGUGAACAGCUUCGGUGGUCCGGAGGAACUUGAGGACACGAAUCACGCUCUAAGUUUGAUGAAAGAGAUGAAAUUAUUCUACGACUCGCAGCUGUUAGUGGACGUGACCAUAGAAGUGGAGCCUGACACCGAAACAGCAGAGCGAAGUGUUUCCUCUGGUGCUGGAAAAGUGUUUCAGUGUAGCAGGAAUAUACUGGCAGCAGCGAGCCCUUAUUUUAAGAGCAUGUUUACAGGAGGACUGUACGAGAGCACGCAGAGAAAGGUCACCAUUCACGACGUGGACGCCGAUUCGAUGGCGGUCAUAAUUGAUUACUGCUACACUGGCAAAGUGACAAUCACUGAAAGCAACGUGCAGAGGCUUUAUGCAGCUGCAAACAUGCUGCAGCUGGAGUACAUCCGGCAAGCCUGUGCUAACUUCAUGACAAGAAGGCUGGACCUUUCUAACUGUGCAGGGAUUUUGAAGUUUGCGGACACCUUUGACAAUCUGGAGUUGAAGAGAGAAGCUCAGGCAUUCAUCGCAAAGAACUUUGUCCAGCUUGGUGCCAGCGUGAAAGAGCUUUGUGAGCUGGACCAGAGGCAGAUUAAAGAGAUCCUCAUGCUGGAUUCUUUGGAUGUUGACUGUGAGCGUAAAGUGUGCUCAUUCGCAGUACAGUGGAUUGAAAGUAAUUUACAUGAAAAUUCAGAAGAUGCGCUGCAGGUCCUUAAAUGUGUGCGGUGGUCUUUGUUUUCAGAGAAAGACAGGGUUUAUCUUGAUGGCCUUAAAUCAAAGCCUUUUAUAAAGAAAUAUCUUUCCAAUAUUUUAGAUGGGGCUUGCAGUGAGCAGAGCGGUACAAUUUCACUGAGUGUACAUGCUGCUAAACAAAGAAUCGGCAAGAGUGCAAAAGAAAUGGUGCUAUUCCUCGGACGGCCAAAUCAACCCAUCAUGUGCUAUGACCCCUAUGUGGAGGACAUCUAUUCCAUGGCAUCCCCGGUCAUUAACCUCACCAGUCAGAACUUCAAACGUUCCCCUAUGGAGACCUUUUUGGUCUGCACCACACCAGAAAACAAUCUGUAUCUCGCCUCACAGCUGUCCAAGCACUUUUGGGUCUACAAUCCCUUGUUGGAUUGUUGGCAGGAGCUUGCAGAAAGACUUCUUGGAAGAAUGCAGUCUUACAUCGGCUACCUCAAUGGACACCUGUAUAUUUUGGGUGGCAGAGAUCCAGUAUCGGAUGCCAGGCUUAAGGAAGUAGAAUGCUACAGCAUUCAAAGGAAUCAGUGGGUUUUUGUGGCCCCUUUGCCUCAUUCUUUGGGAAAGAUGCAGGUUGUGACAGUUAAUGAACGCCUUUAUGUGGUAAACAAGAGGAGGAUGCUGUGCUACGAGCCAAAGAAAAACCACUGGCUCCAGCGGGCCUCUCUGAAGCGCAGUAAACUCCACAAUGCCUGUGUCUUCCAAGAGCAGAUUAUCUGUUUGUGCGAUAUUCCUGUCGUCAAAGCAUAUAACCCAGUUCGUGGAGAAUGGAGGCGGAUCGGAGACAUUCCUAUUGACAGCUGUGCUCUCAACUAUCAAGUUGUGCAACACAGCAGCAAACUGCUGCUUUUAACUAUAGCAGUUGUUCAUCACAACAAAAACAGGCUUGUUAUACAUGAAUAUGAUCCCACUCGCGACUCAUGGAAAAAUGUUUCCACCCUCUUAGGAUCUUUCUUCGGAUCCAUAAGUCUCUCCACCCGGUUGUAUACUGCAUGUUUGGGGUCUGGUCGGAAAUUUGUUUUGGAGGAGGAUGACGACAGCGGCUCCAGCGCUGACUGGGACUUUGAUGGACUGACUGACGCAGACUCGGACUCCGGCAGCUCAAGCUCUUUUUCGGAUGAGAACUGGUAGUUUUCAGCCCAGGCUCACUGGAAAUGCCUAUAUUUUUGUGAAAUGUAAAAUAUGUUGGUUGGUAUGUGUCAUUACUCAUUUUAGAUGACAAAUCCACUAGAUGGCACUGUGUACAUUUUUUGCGAAUCUGAAAUAUGCUACUUUUAGCAUAUUUUUAUGCUAAAAGUAUGCAUGCUACUGACAUACUUUUCAUUGUAUGUUUCAGAUACACAUCAUUUUUGUACACUCCCACAAUAAGGCAGGGCUUGUCGUCCAGAUCAUCUAAACCAGGGGUUCCCAAACUUUUCAAAAUAUUACCCACAAAAUAAAAAUGUCAGUGACCCGCGACCCUCAAUUUUCAAGGUGGUUAUACUGUAAUUUUACAAACAUGCACACGCAACUCUAGGCAUAUAUAAAUGUAUAUUAAAAACACAAAAAUGCAAGUCUAAUUACCGUAUAGGUUUUAUAGUCAUUUAUUAUUUUAAUUUAAUAUUAAUUUAAAAAAAAUAAAGGCUGAUGGAUUUUUAUUUGUAGUUUGUUUUAGUUUCUUUAACGUAACUAUUUACUAUUUUCUGUGGGUUAUAAAUAAAAUAUGUUAAUUCAAAUAGUUUAAUAAAAUUUAUUUGUGUUUUGGAAAUCAUAAAGCAAACCUUUGUCAUGGUCCUAUUGUGUCCUGAUACUGAGUGUCCCGAAUGCCACUUUGGGAACCACUGAUUUAAACCAGUGAACCACUGACCUAAACCCAACCAAUAAUGUUUUCAAAUGCAAACAUAAGAGAAAAUUGCAAAUGUUGCUGUCAUACUUUCCUGUAGCAUUAAUUUGACUUAGAAUCUUCUGUCAAAUGUUUAGUUGAAAUCAGAAUUAUUAAACCUCCUUUGAAAUUAUUAUUAUUUUUUUUAUUUCCUAAAUGAUGUUUAA